AUGUCUCAACGCUUGGCCAGUCGAGCGAGGUCUUCCACCGCCAACAGACCUGCUACCUCUGAGUCACCCGACUCCCCAGAAUAUGAGCCCCUAGACUAUCCCCUCGACGACGAUGCGCGACGCGCCCUUGAACGCUUAUCCACCAACCGUCUACAGAACAGGUACAUCAGGAAUCUCAAAGCCAGCACCGCCAAUCUUGGCAACGUCGUCAGCGAUAUCCAAGAACGCCUACACAAACGCCGAGCACACCUUCUCAAGCAGAGGCAACGCCGGCAAGGCAAGGACCCCGUGAAUGGGGAGGAGGACCUGGACCAUCUUGAGCAACACCUGGACGACUACGCCCGCAAAGUUGAUGAGGAUUCUCGCGAGGCCGAGGCCAACCUUCGCCUCCUGAUUGAUCAACACUUUGCGCUUGAAGAUGAAGGAAGGAUUAUCAGCGAGAUCUACACCGACACCACAAACGCACAAGCCGAGGAGAUCACGCGCCAGCUGCAAAAAGAACGCCAACGAGAAGAGGCUAUUGAAAUUGCCCAGGCCAACGGGGACCCCGCUCCGCCAGAGGAAGAGGAAGAAGAGGAAGAAAAGCCGCCCCCGCCUCAAAGCAUAAUCGACUCCCUCCGCCAACGACGGGCGGACAAACGGCGCGAGUACGAAUUGCUGAGCGUACAGCAGCGGUAUGCUACCCACAACGAAUACGCAAGCUUCAAGAAGCUCUGGCAUGAUGCGGCCCAAGGCGAAGAUGGGCCACCACUCGCCGACGCAUCGCGCUGGUUUGCCGCCGACGGUGCGCCUAUACUGCCGACGGUCGCUCCCCGCGCAGGGCGAAGGCGAAGCAGGACCGCCGAUGCAGGCGACGACUCGGAUGACGAUAUUGCCGUGGCACGAGAAGUUACUAGCUUACGCUGCCCUCUUUCGCUCCAAGAGUUUGUUGAGCCCUUCAGCAACCGGAAGUGCAAACACACGUUUGAGAGAUCAGCCAUUGAAGACUAUUUACCGGCGACCGGCCAGGUUCAAUGUCCGCAGACUGGAUGCUCCCAGACCUUCAGACGCGCCGACUUUGCCCAAGACUUUUACCUCGACCAGGCCCUUUUGAGACGACUCCAGCGCAGAAAUGAACAAAACCAGUUGGAUGACAUGGACGUGGACGACGAAGCAAAUACAUCUGUUCAGGUCGAAAGCACGAGAUCUGUGAAGCGCACAAAGCGUGAGUCGUGA